UUCCAAGCAAAUAGUAUUAAAUUUAAAAUUCUCUUCCAGCUUUGACUCCCAGGGCUUCUCUCUUUUCUUCCUAAUUUGUAGACAUAAUAAACUACAAAUACGUGUAGCUCCAAUCUUCUUGCAUAAAUAAAGAAACCUCAAUCGGUGUUAGUGUGUCUUUUCAAUUUUCAGAACCAAUAUGGCGGCGAAUCAAAAGUUCCUCAUUUUGGUGCUUAUUAUAGUGCUCUUUCCCGCCAUAGUUUUAGGAGAUUGCACCUGUGAUGACGACGACGAUGACAGAAACAGGAGUUUAGCCCUCAAGUACAAAUCAGGAGCAAUAGCUUCAAUCUUGGUUGCUAGCUUCAUUGGCGUCCUUCUGCCAGUUUGGGGCAAGAAGAUACCAUCUUUAAGCCCUGAAAACAAUCUCUUCUUCGUCAUCAAAGCUUUUGCUGCGGGCGUAAUCCUGGCAACAGGGUUCAUUCACGUCCUCCCUGAUGCUUUCGAGAGCUUGACUUCUCCAUGCCUUCCCGACAACCCUUGGGGAAAAUUUCCGUUUACCGGCUUCGUAGCAAUGCUUGCUUCGAUCGGUACACUUAUGGUUGAUGUGUAUGCAACUUCUCAUUAUAAAAAAAUGGCUGGCAAUAAGGGCAUUCAAGCUGUAGCAGAGGAAGGAGAUCGUAAUGGAGAGAGUAAUCUUUCUGGAGUGCUUCCUCUUCAUACACAUGCCACACAUGGUCAUGCACAUACCUCGUUAUCCAUGGACGGGGAUACCCUUUCUACGCAGCUUCGGUAUCGUGUGAUAUCGCAGGUUUUAGAGCUGGGAAUCAUCGUACAUUCUGUAAUUAUUGGCAUUGCUAUGGGUGCAUCGGAUAGUCCCAAAACAAUAAGGCCUCUUCUAGCAGCUUUGACGUUUCACCAAUUUUUCGAGGGUGUUGGAUUAGGCGGAUGCAUCACUCAGGCGAAAUUCAAUGCUCGAGCAAUAACAAUCAUGGCUAUUUUCUUCUCGCUCACAACACCUGCUGGCAUCGCAAUAGGGAUUGGAAUAGCAAAUGUCUACAAUGAGAACAGCCCAAAGGCUCUCAUAGUGCAAGGAAUUUUUGAUUCAGCAUCAGCAGGGAUCCUAAUAUACAUGGCACUGGUGGACCUCCUGUCUGCAGAUUUCAUGAAUCCAAAGAUGCAAAACAAUGGAAAGCUUCUAAUGGGGGCAAAUGUAUCCCUUCUUUUUGGUGCUGGUUGUAUGUCUCUCUUAGCCAAAUGGGCUUGAUUUUAUCCUGUGUAUAAUUAUUGUUUGGAUAGAGUAUUAUUUGAAAUAAUUACGGUAGCAUUUUUUGUAAUUUAAUGUAUGUGACAUAAAAAAGUGAUUGGAAAUAUAAAAUGGUGAGUUGAAAAAUA